GUGACGUCACAGGCGGUGACUUGUGGCUGUGAACAUUUGGCUCUGAUGUAAACAAUGGAGGAUGACAAGGAGAAGAGCCCCCCUCCACAGGAAGUUGUAGCAGAACCCCAACAAGAACAUAAGGAAGACGACAUUAAAGUAGCAGCCAAUAAAAAGAUUGAUGUGUUAUUAAAGGCGACUGGUGAUGCUCCCAUCAUGAGGAAAAAGAAAUGGGCAGUAGAAGGAGAAAAGCCUGUUGGAUGGGUUACUGAAUUUAUUCGCAAGUACCUUAAGCUGGAUGCCUCUGAUACCUUAUUUGUGUACGUCAACCAAAGCUUUGCACCGGCACCGGACCAGAUCAUCAGAAACUUAUAUGAGAGCUUUGGAUCUGACGGCAAGCUGGUCCUUCACUACUGCAAGACUCAAGCCUGGGGAUGACUGAUAGUUAUUUGAUUUUUUGGUUAAUUUAUAUGUAUCAAAGAUGAAUAAUCUUUGAUUACAUUUAACAAAGUGGAUCUGUGAAGGUUGUUGUGAGGUUGUUGGUGUUAGGCAUGGACCUAUUACUUUAUACCCAAAUCUUAAAGGGCUCUUUAAAAAAAAACAUUAUUGUAUUGAAUUUAAUUUAAAAGAUUUAUUGACUAGUACUGUAACUGAUUCAAUAAUACACGAAGAUAUAUUAAAUUGUGGGUUUAACUUUUUACAUUCCUAUAGCUCUUAAUUAGUAUACUCAGUGCUCUGUUUAAUCUAGUCUUUUAUAACUCUUACUGAAGUCUGCUACUGGUUCAUGAUGUAUACAGCUCUUGUAGCUCCUGAUUACAAUUAUAAUUGUUCAGUGAAAAAAUAAUUGAAUGUUUAUGUUCAUAUUGGAUGCCAACAUUGUAUGUUGUUGAAUUCCAGCAUAAUAUUAUCGAUGUGUUAUAAAUGAUGUGACUAUUUUCUUGUACAGUAUUUAGUCUGAUGUUUUUCUUAUGUCAAAAAACAAUGUCAUAUGGGGCUACACUUGUGCAUUUUGAUAUACUGUACAAUACUGUAUAUUAUUUACUUCAAAGAAUACAGUAUACAACAAAGUAACAGUGUUGUUUUUAAUGUGAAUGUGAUUUUUUUUCAGAAAACUAAAUAGUAAGUUAAUAAUACUGUGAAGAAAUAAAUUUUGUUAAUUUUUUGUUUACUAUUUUGUGUAUAAUUCUGUACCCAUCAAUAAACAAAUUUAUUGUAAA